CAAUCAAAAUGGGGGAGGAAGUACAUACAGUAACAGUAGCAUAUGAUAUACAAUCAAAAUGGGUUUGCACUGAAUGCUCGCUGAUAAUGCGUAUAAGGUCGAUAAGGAAGCUGUUUUGGUAUAUCGCAGCUGUUUUUAUGAAUCUUCGUCUUAGUUGGGCAAACCAUUUACAGAGACUGCAUUGAUUCAGCGUUUAAUAUCAAGGGAGCAAUGACGGGUCCCAAUUGCCCGAAGAUUGAGGUUGGCAGUUGGCUGUAUGCAGAUGGCUCUCUGCUUAUUGACUGGAUUUUUGGCGAGGAUCUGUAUGAGUAUCACUUAUCUGAUGAUCUUUCUACUCACAUUUUGCUAGCUGGUGUGGCCUGGUGCCAACACAAAAAUUGCAUUGGUUCGGCAUUUAAUAUGAAGGGAGCAAUGGUGUGCCCUAAUUGUCGGAACACUGAGGGCGGCAAUUGGCUAUGUGCAGAUGGCCCAGAUCCAUCGUUGUCCGACUCCAGUAUUGAUUAUGGGACUUUUGCUGAGCAUACAUACCAGUUCCUUGUUGCUGAAGAUCAGCCAUCUGGACAUCGUAGGUUACCAUUAAGUGGAUUGACAGGAGGUCAUUCAUCAUUUGAGCAAGUGGAAUUUACAUUGGGAUUUCCUGGUGUCAGAAGAUUCACUAGUCCAAUGGGAUUCCCCAGAUUGGCACCUGGUCUACAUUCAGCCACACCUCCUCAAGGUGGUUCCAAUAUUUCCCCUCAUUUAGACGGUCAAAACCUACAUGAGGAAAACAGGGGCCAUUUAUCUCACUUCCCAAUAAGGUUGUCUCAUAUUAACUCAGGUAGGGGGUCACAGGGACAGGCUUCUGGUGGUGCAGAUCCCGGCCACAGGUCUGGAAACUUUUGGCCGCUAUGAUCAUAAAAGAUUUAAGUUUUUAGUUGCAAGGCUUUAAUUAGCCAAUUAUGGUGCCUGAACGUUCAGAAUUUUGGAGUAAAAUCAGCAAGCAUGUUUUAACAUGCUCAAACUGUACAUUCAAAAUGCACCACAUGCAUGAUCUGCGUAUCUUAUAUAAACUGUUGGUGGGGGUUCAUAGUUAAUUUUUGUAGUUGCUACCAUGGAUUUUGGUUAAAAUGAUGCUUCAUAUAAGACUAGCAGUUGUCAUUUGCAUAAUAACUUAAAAGUUAUCAUCUCUUAAAUGAAAUAAUGAUAGUAUAGCAUAUGAAAUUUAAAGGAUUGAGUGAAUUUUUAACUAUGGAAUUGAAUUGGAUAUGAAGUACCAAUAUCUUACUUAUUAGGUUAUCAGUCUGAUUCUAGAAUCCUCACCCCAGCUGAAUAUAUUACACGAAUUCUGAUUUCUAUGCGAAUCCAUGUAUCUGUAGUAUGUGUUUAUAACAAUAUUAGUUCCAGAAUAGCAACAUUAUCGGUAGGGACAAGGUUAGUGCUUGUAGUCUUAAUCGAAGCUCACUAACAGUCCACUGGUUAUCACAGAAAAAUGCUGGAUGACCUGGUUUGUCCCUUUCUCUUAAUUAGAUGAUAAUCAUCUCAUUUCUGAUUAUAGUUUGCUUGAGGAUCAAAAGAGUUGCUGAUUCUGCUAAAAGAAAGAGAGGUAUCUUGUGUGGAGUGUGGAGAUUCAUAUAAGCUUCCUUUUACUCUGAAAAGUCCGGCAGGAGCUGCAGCAACUUGGAGGACUAAAAUCCUCUUUCUUGCAACUGGAAUGUUGAAAAGACAAACAAAUAAAACUUAAUUUUAGGCUGACUGAUCCCUACAAUGUCACUUCAGUAUUCAUGACCGGACUUUUGCUGAGGAUGUGUAUCGCUAUUUCUAUGCUCACGAUGCAAGCACAUUUACUUCUUCCUGACCCCAGAGAAUGCUAUAAUGUAAAACCUCAAAAGGGUCUUUUGAUAUCGGGUGAGAAUGGAAAUGAGGAAUAUGGAAAUGAGUGUCUCAAGGAUGUGUAAGGAAUGAUUUACCCACAAAGUGGGAUUUAGUUUACUAGUAUUCCAUACAAAAAUUACUAAUCCAAAUGUUCCGAUUUCCACCGAACUCAUUAAUUAUGAUCCAGACGUCCCCAAGUUCAACCCAGCUCUCAUAUAUAUAUAGUUGAGAUAUAAUAUUUGGGUGCGUUUGAUUUACAUAUGUCACUGUAACAUCAGUCCCUUAAGCGUGAUUGUUUUAUAUGAAUAGUUGAGAUAUAAUUUUUGGACUGCGUUUAACUUUUAUAUGAUAUGUAUGAUAGAGUUCUUUGCAUGAUAUGUUAAAAUUUUGUUGGAUUUUAAUCUUUCAGUCAUAUGGCCUUCGUUGGUGUCCGUUUAGUGAAUUGAAAGGAGUUCAUUCAUCGUUUGAGAAAGCACAUCUUUAGCCUGUGGAGAAUAUGGGCCAUUUCUCUCACUUCCCAGUAAUGUUGCUAAUUGCUUGAUAGGGACUCUGGUUCAGGGUCACGGCAACAGGGGUCUGAUCAUGCAGAACCCAGCCACAGGUCUGAAAACUUUUGGCCGCGGUGAUCAUCAAAGGUUUAGCUUCUUGGUUUCAAGGCUCUUACAGCCAGUUAUGGUGCCGGAAACUAGCUUUUGCAACUGUCAAAAUUUUAGCCCAAAAUCAGCUUAUGUAAUCUGUUAGUUGGGUUCUUAGGUAAUCUGCAUAUUUUGCUACUAUGGGUUUUGGUUAAAA